CUCGAACCUCGACCUAUUAUCUAUCCGCGUCUCACGUUGGACGGAGGAACACCCGAGGUGGAUGCGAUUACUGAAGGCCUACCGGUGCUUGUGAUUGUGCAGGUCGUUGCUACUCGUAGGCUACAGUAUCUCCCAUUAUUGGUACUUGUCUGCGACCACAAGUCUCCUUGGAGAAUGAUCCACAAGCUCCUUGCCACGGACGCUCGAGCAGCCGUCACGCGAUUGCGAAGGCAGGGCCUUACGUUUCAUCCAUCGACAUGGCCGGGACCAUCUACGCUCAUUGACCUCCCUCCACGACGAUGCGCACACACCCAAGCGGAACAGACAACACAGACUACAGCUACAGCAAGCGACAGCGCACAGUCUACAAGCGAGCGGAUACCCCAGUGGUUGAAUCCUCGGCAUCUAGUCGGUGACACAUUGAAGCAUUCGAGAGCAUAUCUUCCGGGACCUCGGGGCAAAGAUGCGCGCUCGGAGACUGACGGUGAGGACGAGCUCCCCGAUGAAGACGUCGCUCAGGACAGCGAAGGGAACCCCGCAGGGAAGAAAGUCUUGAUUGCCAGACUACCUAAAACUACAACGCUGGAGGACUUGAUGGAACUGUUGGACGGACGCGGGGAGUGCCUGAUCCAUUUCACACCGCCUCAGCCGAAUAAUCGGCGGUGCUAUGCCCAUGUUCUGUUCCGCAGAUUAAAGGACGCUCUGGCUUUCAUGCGUGCACACAAUGAGCAGAAGCUCUCCCUGGGAAGCCACAAGCCUCGUGUGCUCUAUUCCGACACUCACGACAGGGGCCAGCUUUCUGAGCCGGUCAAGGUGAACCGGGUUCUGUGGGUCAGCAACCUACCCUACGACGCCACCAUGAAGCAGGUCCGCGAACUCUUCGAACCAUACGGCAUCGUCCGCCGCGUCAGCAUGACUCCUACUCAGCGCGGGAAGUUCGCAGGGUACGCACAUGUAGACUUCGAGUUUAUCGAAGACGCCAGCGCCGUCAUGUUCGCAAACUGGCACCAACACUUCGAGCUCGGCGGCCGCAGACUGUGGAUCUCCCCUGCAAAGUCCAUAACCGGUGCGCCGUCCCCCGCACCGAUCCGCUCGCCUGCGCAGGAUAUACGCACCAUUGACGAGGACGGCACCCACCCGACAUACCCGCCCUGUCGCGUACUCUGGGUAGGCGGUCUGCCCCGGGGGACGAAGUGGAAACACAUACGCAAGAUAUUUCGCGACCACACCGAGGUGGUGGACAUCCAGCUGGGUAUGUGUUCCCAGCUCAUCCGAUGAUGCACCCGCUAACGUUCAUUGCAGUUCGGCUCAAGACAGUUUCUACGGGGAUGUACGCCCACGUCCAGUUCCGCACGCAGAAGGAUGCGGAGCGCAUCAUGGCGCUGCACGCACGGAGGCCGUUCUCGGUGUAUCUUGGUGUGAGGCACCCCGUCGUGCUCGGGUACGCAGCGCCG